AAUGGUAUUUAUCUUUUAAAUCUAACUUUUGAUGGACUAUAAGAAGGAUCAUUUCCCAUUUGGUUUUGUAUGCUUAAACAAGUAUCUCUUCAUCGUUCACGAAACAUCUCGUAUCGAGAGAGAGAUAUAACGAUAUAUAUAUAUAUAUAUUAUAUAUAGAAUCAUAUAAAUAAAUACUUACAUCUCAAAAUCAAGGGCACCAAAAUGAAGGGAGGAGAAAAACAAUGUGGGAAAGUGGGUAAGUUGAAGCCAAUAAUAGCAAUCAUAUCACUCCAAUUCGGAUAUGCAGGCAUGUACAUCAUUACCAUGGUCUCCUUCAAACAUGGCAUGAACCAUUGGAUCCUUGCUACCUAUCGUCACGUCGUCGCCACCAUUGUCAUUGCUCCUUUUGCCCUCGUUCUCGAGAGGAAAAUAAGACCAAAGAUGACAUGGCCAUUGUUCUUUAGGAUUCUUUCCCUCGGAUUCCUAGAACCACUUUUGGACCAGAACUUGUACUACAUAGGAAUGAAAGCCACGUCAGCUACGUACAGUUCUGCCUUUGUUAAUGCACUUCCUGCCAUUACUUUUAUAAUGGCUGUCAUUUUCAGGAUAGAAACUGUAAACUUGAAGAAGGUACGAAGUCUUGCAAAGGUGAUUGGAACAGCAAUCACCUUAGUAGGAGCGAUGGUGAUGACGUUGUACAAAGGUCCAGCCAUUGAGCUCUUUAAGAGUGCUCAUACCUCUUUACACGGUGGCUCCUCCAGCAGCUCAUCCGAGACCACUGACCAGAACUGGGUCACCGGAACCCUAGCGGUUAUGGGUAGUAUCACCAGUUGGGCAGGUUUCUUCAUUUUACAAUCAUUCACGUUGAAAAUAUAUCCGGCGGAACUAUCACUCGUUAUGUGGAUUUGCGGCAUGGGAACAAUAUUAAACACCAUUGCUUCUGUCGUGAUGGUGCGUGACUUGAGCGCCUGGAAGAUCGGUAUGGACUCGGGCACACUUGCUGCGGUAUACUCGGGAGUGGUUUGUUCUGGUAUGGCGUAUUACAUACAAAGCAUUGUGAUUAGGGAACGAGGCCCGGUUUUUACGACCUCGUUCAGCCCUAUGUGCAUGAUCAUCACUGCCUUCCUUGGCGUGCUAGUUUUGGCUGAAAAGAUCCACCUCGGAAGUAUAAUCGGGGCGAUUUUCAUCGUGUUUGGGCUAUAUUGCGUCGUGUGGGGAAAAGCUAAGGACGAAGUGAUUUCGGUUGAGGAGAAAACAGGAUUGCAGGAGCUGCCAAUCACCAACAUCUCCACAAAGACAGAGGGUAUUGGUGGUAUUCCCAUUGCAGUAGACAAAGGUGUGGCUAACAAUACCUAAACAAAAAGACAUUGCUCUCAAAUUUUGGAAGACCAAAUUUCCAAGAAGGGAAAUUUGUUUUAUCUUACUUGUUUGUUUUAUGUUGUUUACAUUUUUAAGCUGUCUUGUGGUAAUUAUUAGAUUCAACUAUAUAUAAAAAAAUGUUGUAUAUUUUCUGUAGUUGUGUAAUCAAGGAAAUGGAAGAAAUCUUAAUUUGGUAAA